AUGGUCUACGUCGAUGUGGACUCCGAGCCGUCCCAGAAGCAGAUCCGGGACCAGCUCAGCGCCCUCAUGAAGUCCCGGGGACCGCUCGCGAUGAUCAACAGCCCGGCCCUGGCGGUCAUCGACGCGCAGAUCGCGGAGAAGAAGGCGUCCUUGUACGCGUCCUGGCCGCCGGGCCAGCAGCUCGACGGUCUCCGGCAGGUGAUCACCCGGGCGGAGAAGCGCCUCCAGCAGGCCCACGAGGACAUGCAAGCGGCUCAGGAGAGGAUCAAUGCGGAGCAGGCCGCCUUGACGGCCUACCGGGCGGACCUCAUGGAGCUCACGAAGAACACCUACGUGGACACGAUUCUCGACCUUGCGCGGCAGAUCAGGGGAGGCACGGAGAUGCCGAGGGACGCCUUGGCAUCGGCAUUGGAGGGGAUGACGCUCCCUCCGCCAGCCCCCAUGCCGCCCGAUGCCCCGGAACCAGCGCCCCCGGCGUCGGACGUGAUGCAGGACGAUUCCGAGACCCCGCAGCCUGCUGCUGGAAACUCGGGGCCUUCGCGGAGGCUGCACGGGAAGACCAUCGUGGAGACGCCGUGCCCUCAGGGGUUUCUCGUCCCCUCCGUGGCCACGCCUGGGACGUGA